AUGGAGGGAAGAGACGAUAUUCCUUUACGAGAGUUGUCCAGAGAAACAUCUGUGCAUGAGCCACAAGAGCAUGAACAUGGCCUCUUUCAUCCAGAUCAACAUGAGGUGCCACCGUAUGAACGAGACACCGAGGAGGAACUUCCACCCUACGAGCAACGCAAUACCGCGCCCAUACGUUCUACUACAUUGCAUCGGAGCUUCUUCAUCCUGAUUCCAGUUGCACUAUACGCGACCAUCGCGAUUUAUUCAUGGGUGACCCUGUGUAUUCUUUCCCGAAUGGGGGACUACACCACCAAUGUACACGAAACCAAAACCCGCUCCUAUAGAGCCGCACUCACCCUUCAAGCCGUCGCAGAUCUUGCAACUAUUCCGACCAUCUCAUUUGUCUGCGCUUGGGCUGCUUGCAUCUUUGUACAAAACCAGCGCGAUGCCUACAGUCUGCGAUUGCGCCAGGUGGUAACAUUAGCGGAUCGUGCGUGGAUGAAUCCUGCGAUGUAUUUCCGGUUGCUAUUUUACCCUUCUUCCUUCAAGCGCUACGGUAGUAGCAUGCUCUAUUUGGCCAUCUUUAUACAUAUAUUUGGCGCCAUCACCUAUCCGAUUCAGUCUUUGUUUCUUUCCACUCGAUCAGUCUCUGUGCAAUCAACAGAUAGAUGGGGCAAAAUUGACCUUGACAAUAACUAUCUCAGAGUGCCAUCAAUAUCACAAUUGAUGCGCGGGUAUGAUUUCACGGACUGGAGCUCCAUUUUCACAGUGCGCCAUCUGGCGCAAUCAGCAGGGGUUAAUGGAUACCAAGACAAUCUCUGGGGGAACACGAGUCAAUUGAGCGGUUACGGCUCGAAUAGCAGCUGGUAUGCGCCGCUCUCGCACAACUUUAGCACUGGUCUACGCUCUGAUCAAUAUAUCCCAAGAAUAAACUCCUCAGCUGAGGUUCUAGAGAUGGCCGCAGAAGAAUUCCCGUCCAAUUGCAGCAGCCCAUCGUCGUUCUAUGCUUCCUAUAUCUACCCCAACAGCUCAUCUCCAUGGCAAAGCACCAGCAGCCGUCAGAACUUCAGUGAGGUGAUUUACGUCAACACCACCGCCAACUUUACUGAUCCAUCUGAUCCAAAUCGUGUAAAGCCAUUCAAAAUCAUCAUGAACACGACUGCGGGGUUAUUUGAGCUGCCAAGUGUCCAAAACAAUCUGAUCGCUGGUCCGCUGAAUACAAACUCAUCUCUCUGUUCAAGUGUUACUAGUUGUAACGGGUGGAAAGUUCGCCGACAGCCCCUUGACAGUUCAGCUCUUCCUGGACCCUUAGCUAUGAUAGCCCUAGCCCUCUUCGGACCGGGUUCGUUUGCUGAUACGCAACAAACUGCGCCUUCUAGCGAGAGUUUCUAUAGCAAUGAGUCUGAAUCACAGCGUUAUCAUGACAUGUUUGCGGCCGAUGAUAUUUUACCACUUACGCCUCUUGGAUUCACAACCAGCGUUCUCGGUGAAAUCCCCAUCGAUGGUUGGAUGUCGGCUUUUAGUUCGAAUAAGGAGGAUGCUUCAGUAGCUUUCACACGGGCUAGUUUCCUUGCCGUUAAGGCCAUGUUCGAUAACACAGUACGGUUCGGGGGAGAUAUAACGGUUGCCUUCGCCAGCAGUGACCUACAGCAGAUAACCCUACCCUCGCUCCCAUUCUCGGCCAUGAUAGCUUGCUCAGUGUUGUUCGGAUUGUACAUGGUCCCGUUGCUAUGUCUGGCACUGUACGCUGCAUUCAGUAGUAGCUGGACGAAUACUCUCGAUGCCUUUACCAUGUUACGCAUGGGCGCCGCCUUUGGUCAGCAAGAUCUGCCGUUACUCAUCGGGAAGAGUAAACGGAAGAUCAGAGUCUUGGACACUUUGCCUGGCAUCGUAAGAGAUAUAUCAGGUCCAGAUGACAAAGUCAGACAAUUAGCUCUUGGUAUUGAAGGAGGUGGGCCUCUGCAACCUUCGAAAAGAUACCUGGCUUAUCCUGGGAACGAUGAUUGGAUGGGACCAAGGUGAUAGUCAUUUCAAAUUCCUCAUUUCUUUCUAUUCUCUUGUACUAAUUUCGGAUUCGUUCUUGAGGAAGAAGCGAAUUCAUCUUUAAUUGUUAGGCGAAUUCUGCAUUCUAUUUUACUACCUGUAUAUUAGCUUCUUGUGUCAUGAGAUAUUGAUUUUGAUAUUGAUCA